AAUUAUAAUACGUUCAUUCACGACUCUACUCUUCCGCAACCACUCCAGAAAGCUCAUUUGACUCCAAACUGUACGGACGCAAUUGUUGCCGGGAAUUUUAUCUAUCUGGCGCGAUGUCGGAAGAGUUUGGCAACUCAGUCGAGUUAGGUUUGAGGCUCUCUGAACGGAUUUAUUACGGCAAGGAUUCAUCGCCAGUGGCAGUCAUUCCAUCCAUGUCGAGGUCGUUGACUGCGACUUACCUUCCAACGGCGGUGAUGGUGUACGCGGUUGUCCCUGAGCCAGAGGCAGUGGAUAACCCGGACGUGCCCAGCUACCAGCCCUACGUGCACGGACGGUGCCAGCCUCCGGCACUGAUACCGCUUCACAUGCUUGAUGUAGGCAUGGAGGUUGACUGUUGCCUGGAUCACGCUACAAUUAGCAUUAGCGGCGCGUGGCGCGUGCAUUGCAUUAUGACGAGUAGAAGGUGUGAUUGUUCAAUUGCGAUUCCAAUGGGGGAUAAGGGUUCACUUCUAGGUGUUGAGGUUGAUAUUACUGGAAGAUCAUAUCAUACCCAACUGAUCAAAGCAGACGGUGUCGACGACAAGGACAAAGUCUCUGAAGGUGAUAAUGGACGUUUUCUGAAAGGCCGCAUAUAUACAUUCAAAAUUCCCCAGGUUGAUGGAGGGUCAACUCUUUCAAUUAGAGCAACUUGGUCUCAGCAACUAGUGCACCAUGAGGGUCAGUUCUGCCUUACCGUACCUUUCAGUUUUCCAGCAUAUGUGACUCCGGUGGGGAAGAAGAUUUCCAAGAAGGAAAAGAUAUUAUUGAAUGUGAAUUCCGGUAUUGGAGGAGAAAUUUUGUCCAAAUGUAGUAGCCAUGCUUUAAAGGAGCUAAGGCGUGAUGCUGGUAAAUUAGGUUUUGUAUAUGAAGCUGAAGUGUCAACAUGGUCGAAUUCUGACUUCAAUUUCUCAUAUACUGUUCCUUCAAGUGAAUUAUUUGGUGGGGUGCUGUUGCAACCUCCAUCUUUGCAUGACUUUGAUCAGAGACAAAUGAUCUGCUUCUAUCUCUUCCCUGGAAACAACCACAUUAGGAAGGUUUUCAAGAAGGAAGUGGUAUUUAUUGUUGAUACAAGUGGGAGCAUGCGAGGAAGCCCUCUUGAGAAUGCAAAGAAUGCACUGCUGGGGUCACUCUCUGAGCUUAAUCCACAAGAUUCAUUUAACAUUAUUGCUUUCAAUGGAGAGACCCGCUUAUUCUCAUCAUCAAUGGCGUUGGCAACCGAGGGAGCAAUCUUGAAUGCUACUCAGUGGUUAAACAGUAGUUUACUUGCUGAUGGUGGUACAAACCUUUUGCUUCCACUUAAACAGGCUAUGAAGAUGCUGUCUGAUACCAGUGAUUCAAUUCCUCUCAUCUUCCUCAUAACUGACGGGGCUGUUGACAAUGAAAGAGACAUUUGCAAUAUAAUGAAAGGAUAUCUCAACAAUGAAGGAAGAAUUUCUCCACGCAUAUGUACCUUUGGCAUAGGUUCCUACUGUAAUCACUACUUCUUGCAAAUGCUAGCAUUUAUUGGGAGGGGUCAUUAUGAUAGUGCUUAUGAUGCAGAUUCAGUAGAGUUUGGGAUUCGGAGAUUGUUUACAGUUGCUUCAUCAGUCAUUCUGGCCAAUAUAUCCAUGGAUGUUUCGGAACACCUAGAAUCACUUGAGUUAUUUCCUUCUCACAUCCCAGACCUCUCAUCUGAAAGCCCAUUGAUUCUAUCGGGAAGAUACACUGGAAAUUUGCCGGAAUCUUUCAAAGUUAAUGGCACCUUAGCAGAUAUGAGCAGUUUUGUUUUGGACUUGAAAGUGCUGAAGGCAAAGGAUUUGCCACUUGACAGGGUCUUUGCGAGGAGACAAAUUGAUGUACUCACAGCUCGUGCGUGGCUGUUUGAAAGCAAAGAACUCGAAGAGAAGAUUGCAAGAAUGAGCAUACGAAGUGGAGUUCUUUCAGAGUAUACACAAAUGAUUUUAGAUCAAACUUUCAAAGGGGAGAAAGAACCUGAACCGGUUCUGCUUCAGGAGGCGUUCAAGAUGAUAAACGUGCUUAGGAAGACGGACUCAACCAGCCAGAAGAUGAUUUUCCUCAGACGCCUUGGUGUCGGCUUUGGCAACUUGGCUGCGACAGCUGAGAACAUUCCUCCAAGAACUGAGGAAUCAAACAAGUCAUCUCAAGCUGCAGAAUUGUUCAUUAAUGCUGCCACCAACUGUUGUCAUAGAUUGCUCGAUCGCGUCUGUUGCAUGUGCUGCAUCCAAACUUGUUCACGCAUGAAUAACCAAUGCGCCAUAGUUCUUUCACAACUCUGCGCGGCUCUCGCUUGUUUUGAGUGCUUCAGUUGUUGUUUUGAGCUUUGUGAAUGUCUGUAAUGUUAUUAAGGAACUUGAACAUGAAACAGUACAACAAUCUGAUAUCUGUAAUUUGACAUGUAAGUAUGUAAGUAUUCAAAAUUUCUACUCUUA